AUGGACCGCGAGCGGCAGCAGCAGCAACAGGCAACGCCGCCCCAGGUGCAGCCUUGUCGCUACAAGGUGGGCAAGACGCUCGGUGCCGGCUCCUACUCGGUCGUCAAGGAGUGCGUCCACAUCGACACGGGGCGGUACUACGCCGCCAAGGUCAUCAACAAGCGCCUCAUGGCCGGGCGAGAACACAUGGUACGUGCCCACCCGCCCGCGCUCGCCGGGGCGCCGUCGUCGCUGAUGCCCUCGGCUUCCCGUCGCCAGGUGCGCAACGAAAUCGCGGUGCUCAAAAAGGUCUCGAUGGGCCACCAAAACAUCCUCACCCUCGUCGACUACUUCGAGACGAUGAACAACCUCUACCUCGUCACCGACCUCGCCCUCGGCGGCGAGCUCUUCGACCGCAUCUGCCGCAAGGGCUCCUACUACGAGUCCGACGCGGCCGACCUCAUCCGGGCCACCCUGUCGGCCGUCGCCUACCUCCACGACCACGGCAUCGUCCACCGCGACCUGAAGCCGGAGAACCUGCUCUUCCGGACGCCCGAGGACAACGCCGACCUGCUCAUCGCCGAUUUUGGCCUCUCGCGCGUCAUGGACGAGGAGCGCUUCCACGUGCUCACCACCACCUGCGGCACCCCGGGCUACAUGGCGCCCGAGAUCUUCAAGAAGACGGGCCACGGCAAGCCCGUCGACCUCUGGGCCGUCGGCGUCAUCACCUACUUCCUCCUCUGCGGCUACACGCCCUUUGACCGCGACUCGGACUUUGAGGAGAUGCAGGCCAUCCUCAACGCCGACUACAGCUUCCAGCCGGUCGAGUACUGGCGCGGCGUCUCGAGCGAGGCCAAGGUCUUCAUCCGUCGCUGCCUGACCGUCGACCACACGAAGCGCAUCACCGCCCACGAGGCGCUGCAGCACCCCUUUGUCGCCGCCCGGGAGCAGGCCGCCAGCGGCGAGAACCUGCUGCCGACCAUCAAGAAGAACUUCAACGCCCGCCGCACGCUGCACGCGGCCAUCGACACGGUCCGCGCCAUCAACAAGCUGCGCGAGGCCCAGAACAUGAUGAUGGACGGCGCCCGCUCGAGCGAGCCCUCGCGCCCGGCGCCGGCCGCCGCCGCCUCGCCGUACAAGGAGGAUGGCGCCAUGUCGCUCGGCGAGGACGCCGCCGCCGCGCCCAUGAGCGGCGUGCCGGCCGUGCUGCGGCCCGGAAACCAGGGGAACCGCAUCGUCCAGACGAGCAAGGGGUUGUGGAGCGGACCCGCGACGCAACGGUAG